UACAAUAGUUGAAAAGAGCGUAAGCCUCUCUUCCUCGGCUACCUCACUCUCCUCUCGCGUUCUUCUACUGCAACGGAUUUCAAAUGGCUCAAUUUUGUUGAAUUUACUCGCUUUUGAGUUCCAGAUUCCUCUUUUUGGUGCUCCCGAUGCUACUCUAGUGGUGGAGGGUUUCUGUUUUUGGUCUACUAGAUCUGUGAAAACAGUGUGUGAGAGGUUUUGUAGCUAUGGGGAAGUCUACUUCGUGCUUUAAGAUUAUCGCCUGCGGUGGUGAUUCGAGUGACAAAGAUGAUAUUGAUAUUCCUGAGAGUAAGCGUUUGAAUGACAAACAAGGGUGGAGUUUUCGCAAGAGAUCUAACCGGCAACGAGUACUAAGCAACACUGUGAUAGCUGAAAUCCCUUCUCCUGGAAAUAAAGAGAGCUUUGAUACUGUCAACAUUAACUUCCAGCCACCAACUAACGGUUCUAUAUUAGAGAAAGAUCCUGGUUUGCAGUGCGCAAGUGAGAAACCUCAAUUACAGAGUACUGAAAAUCUCAAGGAAUCUGAAGUUGUUGAUAUCAUUCAAAAGCAGAGUAAAGUUGAUGUUGAUAUUGAGGAACGCAGCGUUAUUAUCAUCCAGGCUGUUGUCAGAGGGUGGCUGGCCCGAGGGGAGCUUCUGAAGCUUAAGAAUGUGGUUAAGUUGCAAGCCACUAUUCGCGGGCACUUGGUCAGGAAACAUGCUGUUGAAUCUCUUCGCUGUAUUCAGGCCAUCAUUAAGUUGCAAGCUCUUGUGCGUGCACGUUGUGUCCGUUUGGCACUUGAACAGUCAAAUUCUGAAGAACUGGAUAGCAAUAGUUAUAAGAACUUGGAGAAGGAAAAGUUGAGGAAAUCAAGAGAGACUUGCGUUUCAAUUGAGAAACUACUUAGCAACAGCUUUGUUCGACAGCUGCUGAAGUCUACAUCAACCACUGAACCUAUCAACAUUAGUUACCACCAAUCUAAAUCUGAGACUACUUGGAAAUGGUUGGAGAGAUGGACGUCUUUUUCAUCAGUGGAUGUUCUGGAGAUCAAGGAAGCACAGUUUAUGACAGAGGAGCAAGGAAAAGAGAAGAAAGAAACACUUUGUGCGUCUGAAGUUAUUGUUGGAAUUGACUCUAAUGUUCUUUGCAAGUCAGCUGAUUCAAGAACCUGCAUUGGGGAAUCAUUUGUGCAUUCUGAAAGUGAAGAUAACUUGAUUACUUAUGAUAUGGACAGUGCACAGUUUCAACCACGUCAACUUACCUCUUCUGAGAUGGAGAGUUUGGACCAGGCAUGGCUUGAGGAGAAUACAGAUGUCUCGAAUGCGAAAGUGACUUCGAUGGAGGCAAAUUCUCUCUUAGAUCAGAGGAUCGAAUUGGUUGCAGAUACUCAGUUGCAGUAUAACACCCAUAUAGAGAAGCUUGGAACAGAAUUCCAGCAAAACAAAACAUCGACUGGGAUGUUCUCCUCAGAACAACCGGAGGUGAAGGAGAAAAGGACUAUCUUUGGUUCCAGAAGGGCAAGCAAUCCAGCUUUCAUUGCUGCCCAAUCCAAAUUUCAAGAGCUUAGUUCGAUGGAAAAUUCAGGUAGAUCAAUCAGUUCAUCGUAUCAAGAAACUGGGGCAGAGUCUUGUAUUGGUGCUGUGUCAUCUGCUUCAGGUACUGCUCCAAGGACAGAGGAAUUAUCCACUACAGAAGACUUCAUCACAAAUCGAUCCACAACGGUUCGAGUUGGUGGCUCUGACUGUGGUACUGAACUUUCUAUUACCUCUACUCUUGAUUCACCUGAUUUAUCCGAAGCUGGAGCCUUCGAAUAUGAGCAUGAAACCAAUGUAACUGAGAUAUGUGUCCAUGACCGUAGCAGCAAUAAGAGCACAGAAAUUGACGUGGGUAGUGCUCCCUCUAGUCUAGUUUCGAACCUGUAUCAACCUCGUUUCGGGUCUCCAGAAAAGUCUAGUGUUGUAUCUAGCGAAUCCAUCAACAAAAUAACUAUGAACUCUACUCAAAAUGAAGUGAAGCCGGAUGUAAAUGCAUCUGAUCAGAAGAGAGAACAGGAUGCUGAAACAGGUAACCAAAGGUUGUCCCCCUCGGCCUCUCCAAGAAGCCAUUGCACUUUUCUGGAAUCCCAAGGAACGCCUUCUAGUCAGAUCUCAAUCAAAUCUAAUAAGAGAAAAACUGAUGCGAGCAGAAGCAACCUAAAGCGCAAGUCCCUCACUGCAGGUAAGAAAUCACCCUCAAAGCUGCAUCGCAAUGUUGAUUUGCCAAAUCAUUUUGAACCUUUGCCUAAAGAUGAGAAGAUUGAAAAGAGGCGCAAUUCGUUUGGCUCAGCAAGAUCUGAUCAUAUUGAAGAAGAGUCGAGAGAAAACAGUAGCAAUCAAUCUAUCCCUCAUUUCAUGCGAGCUACAGAAUCUGCUAGAGCUAAGGUGCAGUUAAAUAACUCUCCAAGAUCCAGUCCAGAUGUCCAAGAUGCAGAAAUCUACGUCAAGAAGAGGCAUUCCUUACCAGGUGCCAAUGGAAGGCAAGGAUCCCCACGAAUCCAAAGAUCAACUUCUCAAGCACAAAAGAGCGGAAAGGGAAAUGAAAGGAAGUGGCAAAGAUAGAUGGUGAAUUUGGUGCUGCUUUGUGAUCAACAUUUUUUGAAGUGAUCAUAACCUCAAAGACCAACCACAUGGCUGCUGCAGUGAUCUGAAGCUGUACCUGCGGUUUUGGGGAGGGUCCGCAUGCUUUUUGGUUAGAACCACCAAUGGGGUCCUAGUAGUUUGGACUUCGGUAAGAUUAAAAAAGACCUACAACACCAAUAUUUUAGUGAAUAUAUGAUUCAUGUUCCUCUCGGCCCUUUGAAUUUCAUUAGUAUCAUCGGUACCGAAAUUGUUGCAGUUGUACUGUGUUCUAGAAGUUGGUUACCACGGAAAAGGUUAUAUAUACGUUUGGGGUUAAGUUUGUGUAAAUUGUGACAAUCAGUUCGUCAUUGUUGUUAUAUUUUUAUUAUAUAGAAGUGCUUAUUAAGCUUGAGACUAAAUAAAACUCAUGUACUCUUAUUGUCGAA